AUGGCUGCAACAGCAUCACCACGAUCAGGCCCUGGGCCGUCCGAGCCUCCCAUCGAUGGUGGAGGUCCUUUCUACAAAUGCGAUCCAGCCAUGGUCCUAGGUGAAGCUCCUAUCUAUCGUGCCAGCGACUCAACCCUGCACUGGUUCGAUUGUCUCAACGAGCCUGCAGAGCUACAUAUCUUGCACGUUGACCCAGAUACCGGUGCUGCCCAAAGCAAAGCUCGCAUACUCAAACUGCAGGACAGCGUCUCAGUUGCGUUUUUCCGCAAAGGGAAGCCUGGCAGCUAUAUCGCCGCCUACUAUCAGGGCAUAUGCUACGUCGACGAGGAGACGGGGAAGUUUGAAAUCCUGAAAGAAAUCAUCCCAACAAGCCAGAGGGACGAACUCCGAUUCAAUGAUGGAGGGAUCGACGCUAGGGGCCGUUUCUGGCUGGCGGAGAUUGAUAAGAAAGCCAUGGCUUACGGCGCGGGUAAGCUAGCCGCCAGCUAUGGUGAGCCAAAGGGCCGAGUAUGGCGGUAUGACCCUGACGGAAGUUUGCAUCUGAUGGGAAAUGGGUUCAUCUGUGGGAAUGGGCUGGCGUGGAGCCCAGAUAAUAAGACGAUGUAUAUCAACGACUCCGCGGCGAUGCUCAUAUAUGCCUAUGAUUUCGAUCUUGAAUCUGGAAGCAUCUCUAAUAAGCGUAUCCUUGUCGACCGUCGAACAGCACUUGGAGAACCAGAUGGUAUGGUUAUAGACAAGCAAGGAAACCUCUGGGUGGCUGUCUACAGCUCCAGUCGCAUCAUGGUCUUCAGCCCCGAUGGCAAACACCUCAAAGACAUCAUCUUGACCGCGCGGAACGUAACUUGCACAACCUGGGGAGGUCGAAACUGGGAUCUCAUUUUCGCCACGACGGCGCAGGAUCCGAAUCCCCAGUCGUGCGAGGUGGAUGAUGGUGGGCAUUUGUUUUUGUAUAAGCCCCAGGACGAGAGUAGAGGCCAAGCGAAACUUGAGUUUGCGGGCUGAUUCAUCGCUCUGAUAAUUAAACAACAUAUAUACACUGUGUAAUUUGCCUACAUGGUUUCUGAAUGAAAGGAUUCGGAAUGUCCCUUGUUGAUUAAUGUUAGGAUUGCAAGUACAGGACUCAAGGAAACAAAGCAAAAGAGGAAAUGCUGAAAAUAACAAUUUAGUGUAGAUCAGACAUAUAGGAGGAUAGUAUAAAGCAUAAUAAUGUCGCCAACAGUAUUCCGCAAUAUGGAAAAGUCAUCACAAUACAAAGGUUAAUUUAUAGUUCAGAAGCAUGAGUAUUAAAUCCGUCUGUAAGGGAAGUACUGUACAUCUUGUCAAUGAUAUACCAAAAAAUCUUGCCAAAAAAAUGCCAAAAAAGAAAAGAAAAAGUUGAAGAAUUAACUUUUAAAACAAAAAACAAUAGUUAUAGUUUCAUUUACAUGUCCAUUAUUCUUCAUCUAAUAUAAUUAAUUUCAUUCUCACUUCCCCGCCCCAUCGAGAAAAAAGAGUGAGAGAAAUCAAAAGCAAUAAAGGAAAACAGUAUCGCUCCGUCACGCCAGCACGCAAGAAAGUCUUUAUCAUACCUGACCAUUCCUCUCAUCGCCCUCCUCGUCAUCAUCAAAAUCAUCUGUCCCAAGCAACUCAUCCUCAUCUUCCACAACGCCAACAUAGUCACUCCUUCGUGCGGCAAAGGAGUCUCUGGAAGAAUACGGUCGUCGCGAAGAAGCCCCGCCAGGCACACGAACAUAUCCGCUGACACUACGCCACAGGCUGGAUACCAGAAGUGGCAGCGCUGUAAUCACCGCGACAACCCCCGCCACCAUGGAUACAGGGAUUGAUACGAGGAGGGAAUCGCGAUCAAAUAAUCCUCCCGAGCCCGUUUCACCCAGACGGAUGCGACCGAAUUUUCCAUCCCAGUGAUUAUAGACGUAAUACCCAGCAGUUGCAGCAAGACAGAUGGGGAUGAGGAUGACGAAGAAAAGACCGAUGCCACGUAGGCGCGGAUGCUUCUUGAAGAAUUCCUCUUCCUUGUUCGGGCAAGGGUGAGCGACGAUAUGGUUGAGCUGCUUGCCACCUUGGCACUUCGUUAGGGGGAUGCGCCGGU